GGGGAGGGGACCGACGUUGCUGCGUUACGCUCCGGCGGCACGUGGGCGGGGAACGUAGCUGCAGCUUGCGGGGCGGGAGGCUAAGUCAGAACCUAAAUUAAUAUCAUGUGAAAGAACCAGAAAUGUCAGACGAUAUCAAGAAGCGGCUGGAAUUUCCUAACACGCUUAUUCAGUCACAGGCAGUGGGUCAUCUUAUUGCUGCAGUGCUAAAAGAAAAUGUUUUAUCCGACAAGAUCAGACAGUCUACUAACCAGACUCCUGCUUUGAACUUGCUCUGGGAGAAGUGCUGCAGUGAGAAUGUGGUUGUGCGGACGGCCUGCUGCGAAGGCCUGGUGACUCUUGUUGCACAGGAUUAUGCAGAGUUCAGUUAUGUUCUCAAUACCGCUCUCAACCUGAUUCCCUCUGCCAGGAAUGUACAUGGUUUGGUAAAAAUUAUUGGGAAAUUACUACAGAUGCAGGCCGUUACGGUGGGAAAAAAUGGAGAUGAAGCUGUUCGGGAUUUGUAUUCAAUCAGGUAUCCUCCUCAUCCACUAAUCACUGUACUUGAAAACAGACCUGAUUGCUGGCCAGUUCUCUUGCAGCAGAUAACAGUAUUUUUCCAGCAAUGUCCAGAGAGGGCACAGAGUUCAUGUGUCUGUAUAAUGACCCCAUUUCUAAGAUACCUGUAUUGUGAACCGUCCCAAUUGGGGGAGAAUGCUGAACUGCGAAUGGGUCUACUUAAAAUCUUACUUCAGCCACAUGGUCCUGAGAACAAAGAGGCACCUUCUACACUAGAACACCUUAUUCUUCAGCUGCUUUGUGACUUGAUUCCACAUUUUCAGAUAAAGGACUUGCCACAAAUAACGGAAACGUUGUUCUUUCUAGAAGAAUUAUUCCGGAGUCUGCUUCGCUACCCUGUUUUUUGGAAAGUCCAGUUAUCCCAGCUUUGUCUGCAGAUUUUGUGCUUCUGUGAGAUUUGUCUGAACGUGACAGGGGAGUGUUCAUCUACAAUUUGCUUAAUAGAGCAAAAUGUUGAGUUCUUGCAAGAGGACUUUCCAGUUGAACAGGCCAUACUUGGAUUAGCUUUACUUCUGUUACAGACUCCAGCAUGUCAGCAGAAACCCAUCUUAAACCUAGCUUGCAAGCUCCUUUCCUGUACAGAAACUCAGAAAAUUCCAGCCACAGCCAUCAUCUUGGUGAUGCCUGUGUUGCAGAUCUUAUCUUCAACAGCAGUUGAGGACUGUAUAUCGGAGGAAGAUUCUGGCCCCACUAGGCAACAGCUGGCUAUAAAUCUUCUGGAAAUGGUACAGCAGGAAGGCACAAAGGAUAAAAAGAAAUUGUCAUCCUGCAGGGUCAUCUUUCCUAUAACCAGUACGUACAAUUUAUUGUAUACAACCUGGAGGAUCCUAGACCACAUGAAAGAGAAGUCUGCCGUGCUUGCUUGGUUGUCUUCCAUUAAAUCACUGCUACCUAUUAUGAAUCAAGUCCCCACUCAUGUUUUCCUUCUACUUGCUUACCUCCUGGUUCAAGAAAAUGGAGAGUGUCUUCGUGGAGUACUGAGUGCUACUGUGGAUAUAGCCAAGGCAGAUUCCUCUCAGGUCCCAAAUCUAAUCCCAGUUCUGAUGUUUAAAUUGGGAAGGCCACUGGAGCCUUUUUUGUACCGGGAUAUUUUAUAUACUUUGCCUACUCUGGGUGUACACAAGGUCUGCAUCGCUCAGAUUUUACGUUUGAUACAGGUGCUGGGGAGCACGCCAAAGCUUAGACCUAUUACUUUACGCCUGAUGACAUCCUUAUGGGAGAAACAGGAUCGGGUUUACCCAGAACUGCAGAGAUUCAUGGCAAUGUCCAAUAUGCCCUCUUUGUCCAUUGGGAAGGAUACUCUGUGGGAAAAGGUGAUAGCUAAAGCUGCUUCCAUCAGAGAUAUAUGCAGGCAGAGGCCAUAUCAACAUGGAGCUGAUAUGUUGGCUGCAAUUUCCCAGAUAUUGAAUGAAUGCACAAAACCUGAUCAAGCCACACCUGCUGCUUUAGUAUUACAAGGUCUUCAUGCACUUUGCCAAGCUGAGGUCGUUUGUAUUCGCUCUACGUGGAACGCACUCUCACCAAAGUUGAGCUGUGACACCCGUCCACUCAUUUUAAAAACACUGAACGAAUUGUUCGCCCUGGUUCCUUCAUUAACAGUGAAUACAAAUGAGUAUGAGAAAUUUAAAGCUCAAGUUGUCAGCUCACUUUGGAGCCACACUCAGAGCAAGGAUUCCAUUGUAGCAAUUUCAGCAUAUAAAUCUCUGUCAGAAUUUGGUUCUGAAGAACACACCAUCCUUCAUCUUCCUGAACAGGCAAGACCAGAAGUUGGUCCAUCAGAAGAGAUGGACAUAAAUGAAGAGGAGGAGAAGGAGGUGGACCUUUCUGUUCCUGGCUCUUCAUAUAUCAAACUGUUGUCUCUAACUCUUCCUUCUGUUUUGCCAGCAUUUGAAGAGUUUGUGGCGUCACUUGUGAAACAGGAGAUGGCCAACAUGCCCCGCGGAGUGUAUCAUUCUGCCCUGAGAGGAGGGGCCACGCGCUCGGAUCAAGGAAAGACCGUAGCAGGAGUUCCCAACUUCAUGCUGAAAAUGUAUGAGAGGAACAAGCAGCCAGGCCUGAAGCCUGGCCUUGCAGCUGGCAUGUUGUUAUGUUAUGACCUUCCAAUCCACAUGGGCAAAGAUGGCAAACCUAUCAGUCGUUUUCUGGCUAGCAGAGGGCGCAAUUUCCAACAGAUGUUAAUAGCUCUCAUUCAUGAGGUUAGUAUCCAGCCUUCUGAAUGGCACCGCUCUCUCCUGCUUCCUCAGUGCUGGCUGGGAUUUAUGAGUAGAACAUACCAUGCAGUUUUACAGGGGAGACAGGCAGAGCUGGAGAUGCAGUUAAAACAUGGAAAAGAGGAUCCUGAAGAGGUGCAGUACAAACAAUUUACAGCCUGGCUCUGGGUCAGAGACAUGCUGACUGAUGUUAUCAAGGGUGCUUCAAAGGACAGCCCAGUGGUGAAAGGAAACUCUAUCUUAGCUUUAACUGGCCUUGCAGUUGCUGUGGCAAAAUAUGAAAAUAGCCUUUCUUCAGACACUGAAGUAGGACCAGAGACCGAACCUGAUUUUCUUCCCACAAAACACUGGAUUUCUAUGGUGAUAGAAACACUUCUUAGUAUUGUGAACAGUCGCUAUCGCGCUAAAGGUCAAGUUUUCCCUUGGUUCUACCAGAAAUCGUAUUCUGGUGAAAACACAGCCAGUGCUAUUGCUCGCUCCUGUGCAGCCACUGCUUUGUCUCUCUUGGUGCCAGUUUUCAUUGUAUCCUGCAAGGAGAAGGUUGAGGAAGUCCUGAGUGUACUGACUGCCAGGUUACCUGGGAAACCAAAUGCUGAUGAGUCUCAAGCUGUUCAAAUCCACAUAGGCCUUGCUUUGGGGAUGUUUAUCUCACGUUUGUUUGAAGAAAAAGUCAGUGAUGUAUCUGGCCAACAGAUUAAUUUACUUCUAAUGAAGUCCCUUGAUGCAUUGGAAGAUUGCUGCUUUGACACCAGUCUGGAGUACAACACUGGAUGUAUCUUGGGUGUAGGACUUGUUCUUUCAUUUAUGAGUCACAGCAGCCAAACAGAAUCACGGGUUCAUGUCUCUGCCUCUCUGAGGAAACUCUGUAGCUACCUGGAUGCCAGUGAAGAGCAAAGCAGAAUGUUCCAGGAGAUCCUUGCCUACUCCAUUGCCUGUUCCUGCAUCUCUGCUUUCAGCAUGAAAAUCAUAGAGGCAGUGGAGGCUGAAGAGAUCAUGAACAAGUUGCGGACGUUAGCGGAAAAUAAUCAGCAGACAUCCGGUUUUGCUUUGGCAUUGGGUAGCAUAGUUCAUGGUUUGUCAGUCUGUGGACAUGGGAAAGCAGAAGACUUGAGUAACAGACUGCUUCCUGCCUGGAUGAAAAUUGUGCUUGCAGAGGGGUCUCCCACAAUGCAGCGUCUGGCUGCUGUCAAUGGGCUGGUCGCGUUGGUGGGUUCUGAAGCAUCCAUGAUACAGCUGAAAUCUGAGGCUAUCCAGUCAUCCCAGUUUCAAAAUAAACUUAAUGAAAUCAUCAGAACCCUGACUCAGAUAGUCAGUUUUUCUGGGGUGAUUGGUCUUCAGACAAAUGCAGCUUGGCUUUUAGGACACCUUCAUCAAUCCAGUUUGUCCUCAACCCAGAACAGAACAUCCGUUCCUCCAGAUUUCAGCUACUUGCCUGAAAACAGCUUUAUCAGGGCAGCUAUUGACUUUGCCAUUGAAGGAGGAAAGAAAGGCCCUGAAUCCAUUCCCCCUCACUUGGUGAAAGUAGCUUUGGCACCUAUAGCUUUAGUUGGAGAAAGCUACCAGUAUCCACCUGUGAACUGGGCUUCAGUUCUUUCUCCUUUGAUGAGACUGAACUUUGUAUCUGAAUGGUGCUUUGAAUGUGGAAACUUCUUUAACACAUUGGAAAAAUUGUGUUAUUGUAAACCUCAGAAGUUCCAGAAGAAACAGUGCAUCCGUUUAAUGAAAACCAGGAAAUAUCUUUUUACUACUUUGCCCCUAUGGAUGAAACACGUUGCAGAAGACAAACUACAGACUUUUACUGAAGUGUUUUUAGUACAGCAUUUUGAAACAAAGAAGCACCCAAAAAAUCCUGAGCUUUGCCAAAGUAUCUUACAGGGACUCAGCCAGGCUAUGAAACUUCCAAGCCCUGCCCAAUACUGCUGGAACCUUCUGUGCCAGGCUGCAGAGAAAAUAUUUGAGCUUUUGCCAGAAGAGAUUCAGAGAAGUGACGUGGAGAUGUAUAUUGAGGUAGCAAAAUGCCUCUCAGAAAUGGCAGAUGCAGAGGUUGACCGGAUUGCCCAGUUCUCCAAGAACAAUAUUGAAAAGACCACUUUCAUCAAAGUGUAUUUAGUUUCUCAAGGCCGACUGUCUUUGUUGAGCUUGAAUGAUGUGAUUGGUAUUGCGGUAAGAUGCCAGCAGAAAGAAACUAUUGCAUGGAUGUUGUUUCAUAGUUUCUACCAUGCCCGAAUUGUAAGCCAUGAAAACACAGGAGUAUUGAAAAGAAUGGACUGGCUGUUAGAAUUGAUGGGCUAUAUCAGAAAUGUUGCUUACAAGUCAAUACCUAUACAAAAUCUGGAUCUUAAAGAGGCUGUAGACUUCCUGUUGUGGAUAUUUGCAGCUUCUGUGGUUGCCUGGGCUGACCAUACUGCUCCACUACUGCUUGGCCUCAGUGCCAGCUGGUCGUCAUGGAAACACAAAGAAGUAUUGCCAGAAUUGUCUGCCGAUGAUUUUGGCAAGCAUCCAAUUGAAAAGCUCUCCGUGCAGGAGACUCUUACUCUCCUUCCAAACAGUGUGCAGCUUUUGCUGGCUAAAGAGCCUUGGAAAGAACAAACACAAAAGUUUAUUGACUGGCUGUUUAAUAUAAUGGAGAGCCCUAAAGAAGUGCUAUCUGAAUCCUCCAGAGACAUGUUGAAAGCUACACUUCUGGCUUUGAGGUUUCUACCAGAGUUCAAGAAGAAAGCAGUAUGGACUAAGGCUUACGGUUGGUAGCCACAAGAUAGCAUCAUCAUCAUAUCUGAUAAAGAGACGGCCCUUAAUACUGAGAGAAAAAUGCAUAGCAGAAAUGUUCAAUCAUCAAUAAGUGUCAUUCCAAAGAAAUUUUAUACUAUGAAGUAUUAUGGGAUUUUCUUCCCAGGGAUUCAGAGAAUAGAAAAGUCAUUUGGUUUGUCUGGUCAGUAGGCCGGCUCCUAUCCUGAGCUGUCUUGCCCUGGUAUGAGGACAAGCUUUGGGCUACGUUUUGAAUGUGAGUUAGAAAUUUAAAUUUCAGAGGUAUUUAAAUACGGUAGUGAAAGCUGCAGAAAGCCUUCUUUCUGUAAUAGGUGGAACCUUUAUAUGAAUAGGUGAAAAAAUUAAAAACAAA